UGCAUCAAUCUCUUUGCUUUCUCUUUCUCUCUUUCUCUCUCUCUCUCUAUUCUGUGUUUUGUUUCAGUUUGUUUUCUGUUUCUGAUGAGAUGAUGGGUAGGCCACCUUGUUGUGACAAAGCAAAUGUGAAGAGGGGGCCAUGGACUCCCGAAGAAGAUGCGAAGAUUCUUGCCUAUGUUGCCAGCCAUGGGAUUGGCAAUUGGACUUUGGUUCCUCAAAAAGCAGGACUGAACAGGUGUGGGAAAAGCUGCAGGCUGAGAUGGACGAAUUAUCUGCGCCCUGAUCUCAAGCACGACAACUUUACACCCGAGGAAGAAGCGUGCAUUCUUGAGCUUCACAAAACGAUAGGAAGCAGGUGGUCUCUAAUAGCGAAGCAUCUACCUGGGAGAACAGAUAAUGAUGUGAAAAACUACUGGAACACGAAGUUGAAGAAGAAGCUCAAGAACAUGGGAAUUGAUCCCUUAACUCAUAAGCCUUUUGCUCAGGUAUUUGCCGAGUUUGGGAAGCUGAGUGGCCUCCCUAGUCCUAGUAACCAAAAUGCCUUGCUCAAGAACACCAUAAAAAACGAGGCAGUUUUUGAACCAGAACCGCGUUCUUUUCCCACAAACGUCCAAAACUCCAGAUUCGUUAGCCCAGAAAUGAACAAACACCUCCAGAUCCAGAACAGCCCUUUGGUUCAUAAUUUCCCCCGAGAACCCAUUCAACCACCACACAGUUCACCCGACACUAGUUUCCCCCAUUUCGCCUCAUCCCCGUAUUGUUCUUCUUCAUACGAACAACCUCUGAGUCAAUUCCUAACUUCUUCUUCCUCGACCCCUUGGAACGAGUUUAUCCUUCAAGAUCCUGACACGGAACUGCCAAGACAGGACAGCAAAUUCCCGGGAACAUUUUCCUUGGAUGAUCCAAUGACACCAUCGGUCCAAGGUGAGGCGGGGCCUAUUUGUGGCUUCACAAAUGAAGGCGUGAACAACCUGGAUGAAGACAUUACUGAAGGCACUCGUGGAGAAGCUAGCUCAUCCAUGGCAGAGGAUUCAUUCGUCGAGAACAUCUUGGCUCGUGACAGGCAAAUGCAGUUAGAAUAUCCUCAACUUCUCGAUGGCUACUUCGACUAAUGAUAUUAUUAUCUUUGCUAGGACUGUAAUAAAGAAAAUUCUCCUGAUUUAUCUGACAUGUAAAGAUGAAAAACAAGGAAAAGAAUACACACAAAUGCAUCUUUGAUUCUUUGAAGACUUAAAGAUCAUUUUUAACUA